AAGAAGAUGGACAGCUGGACCUGAUGGCGUUUCUAUGGGACCCGGUUCCUGAGGCCUCCAUGGAGUGAGCAGCAUGCCAGGGUGUGUGAUUCUGAGGCUUAAAGUUACUUUUGUUAAUGGUCAGAAAUGAGUGAACAAUCAGAAAAAAACAAUUCCACUGAAGAAGAACACACAGAUCAAAGUUCUCCUGAGAAAAACUGUGAAAUCGGACAAAAGCAACUGCAACAGAUAGAGCGGCAGUUAAGAUGCUUGGCAUUUCAAAACCCCGGACCACAGGUAGCAGACUUCAAUCCUGAAACUCGAGAGCAGAAAAAGAAAGCCCGGAUGUCAAAGAUGAAUGAGUAUUUUUCUGCAAAAUACAAAGUUGUGAGGAAGUAUGACAAAAGCGGCAGGCUGAUCUGCAACGACGCCGACCUGUGCGACUGCCUGGAGAAGAACUGCCUGGGCUGCUUCUACCCCUGCCCCAAGUGCAACUCCAACAAGUGCGGGCCCGAGUGCCGCUGCAGCCGCAAGUGGGUGUAUGACGCCAUCGUCACCGAGUCUGGAGAGGUCAUCAGCAUGCUGCCCUUUAACGUCCCGGACUAGGAGCUGUGACAGAGGAAUUGAUUCGUUUCUUCUCCUUUACAUUUAAGUCAACCCCUUUCUUUUGGUGAAUUCUAGGGCUGGGGGGGGGGAAAUGUUGGAAAAACAUACUUAAGAGGCAUGUUCUCCAAGCUGUAGAAUAAGGUAGCAUGGGCAGUCAUUCUGUAACCUUCUCACCGCGGCCUCUCGGAGUUCUUCACUUGCACCCAAAGAGGGUGACAGUGAGCGGAUCUCGGUUUCUCUCACCAGUGCUCCCAGCUGCACUCUGCCCUCACACCGAAAGUCUCUUUCCUCUUCGCUGGUAUCUGGAAAAUGUAAUUUUAAGAUUUUCAGAAUUCUGCAGCUGAGAGGUUUUUUUUAUAACAUAGAACUAUAAAUUUAUGAUCUCUAGUUAC